GUUCACCCAGAAUUGUACGUUGACAAGUCGAGGGGAGAUAAACUGAAGAUCAACCUAGAUGUUAUUUUUCCACAUAUGCCGUGUGCUUAUUUGAGCAUCGAUGCCAUGGACGUAGCAGGAGAGCAGCAGCUGGAUGUAGAACACAAUCUGUUUAAACAACGUUUGGAUAAAGCUGGCAAUCGUGUGACUCCAGAGGCCGAGAGACACGAGCUGGGGAAAGAAGAAGAAAAGGUGUUUGAUCCAAAUUCUUUGGCUGCUGAUCGCUGCGAGAGCUGUUACGGGGCAGAGUCAGAGGACAUUCGGUGUUGUAAUACUUGUGACGAUGUCAGAGAAGCAUACAGGCGGCGAGGCUGGGCCUUCAAGAACCCGGAUAGCAUAGAGCAGUGCAAGAGGGAAGGGUUUAGCCAGAAAAUGCAAGAGCAGAAGAACGAGGGCUGCCAAGUGUAUGGUUUCCUAGAAGUCAACAAGGUAGCUGGAAAUUUCCACUUUGCACCAGGAAAAAGUUUCCAACAGUCUCAUGUACAUG